UACUAUUGGUUACCACUCACUCGUGCAGUCCCACAUUUCGUGCAUCCUCCAAAACCACACUUUUCCUACUACAAAUCUUCAAACUACUAUGUCCAUUUGAAAUAAUAAUACACAAGAACAUCUUACGAGCUUAGACGGAUGCAUUCGGACAAGAAACAAGAGAGAUAAAUGUUUGCUUGUGACAAAGGCUUUUGUCACUUCCAUUGUCACCUGCCGUCCGAUGCCGUAGCGGAGUUUCAACUCAGACGCGUUGGUGGCAACGCGUCUGGACGCGUCUACUUGCCGCACGGAUGGCGCGCACUCGAGUCGGUGGGAAGCGGAAAGGUCCCACGGAAAGAAGAUCUCGAAGCACUUGCCGGAGCACUCGGACUCUCGAGAGACGGAAAAAUCGCUGAUCUUGCUGCACGGAUCAAAGCUCACUUGGAAGAUCCUGACACUCGCACAGCCCUUGCAGAUAAUCCUCGAUUUUCGGCGCUAUAUGGUUCAAAACGACUCACUGGCAGGCCUGUUGCCGUUGCCAACCCAACUUCGAAUGAAAACUCAACACCUUCAGCAAGUACUCCUCUCCCCACGGCAGCCAACAAUAUGUUCUACCCGCAGCCACCAUUUUUUCCGCAAAUGCAAGGAUCUCUCCCCAUUCCUUAUCCGAACCACCUACAUUAUGUUGGCCCCGCUGUACUCUCAACAACCGCUCCUGUCAUAUCUACAUCAUCACAGCCAUUGCUGUCUGGGCAUCCUAAUAGUCUCCCUUUUCAUUACUCCGGCAACUCGCAAUACAUAUUCAAUUAGAUUACUACAUACUAGCCACUGGUACACUCGUAUAUAUCUUGCUAAUAUCUAAUCCACAGCUUGUCGAGCG